AUGGCUAUGGACAAGAUGGCACGACCACUCACGCAAUGCCUUCAAUGCUCCCGUCACACCCACAAAGCAUUGCACAUCCGCACCUUCUCUACCACACCGCCCUCACGUCUCGAAGUCGAGCAGCAGACACCACCACCACCACCCCCCAAUGAUGCCCCUCCACCCGCCCAACAACAACAACAGCAACGAGAUCCCUACACCGUCUCCACCCGCCAUGCCGAGACUCAACUCCUCCAUCACCAACGCCGCGUCCCCAUCGGUUCCCGCCGCCGCCGCGCAGCCAUGGCUUCCACAACCCAAAUCCCCUUCUCGCAACUCCCCUACCAAUGCUUCCAGGAAGCACGUGCGUAUCUGAAAGAAGACAGGGAUGAGAAGCUGGGCGCGAUCCAGCAGCAGCGGGAACGUAUCGAGCGACUGAGGCAGAAGAGUGUGCCGCCGGAGUAUGCAUGGAGGCAUGAGAAUCGGGUGCGGAGCAUGCUGACUUCAUUGGAGGAAUUGAAGAUCCAGGCCGAUAUUAAUGAUCCGAUUGUGAAGAAGACAUUUGAGGAUGGGCAGGGCGACAUGUCGAAACCCAUCUACCGCCACCUAGCCGACAAACAAUGGCGCGCCUACAAACGCCUGAUCCUCAUGCAACGCAUCACGCAAAUGAACGUCAUCCCCGACGUCCUCCCCACCAUCGACCCCACCGUCUCCACCGACCUCGCCUUCCCCAUCAUGAAACCCAGCUCCAUCGACAACACCCCGCGACUCCCCCGCCUCAAACGCAUCCAGCACGGUGACUUCGUCGACUCGGCCCUGAGCGAGAACGCACCGACCCUGUACAUCCAACCCUACGACAAAGGCACGAGACUCGUCACUAUCGCGGUCGUGAACGCGGACGUGCCGAAUGUGGAAAAGGACGGCUUCGACUACCGCUGUCAUUUCCUCGCCGUCAACAUCCCGAUAAGUCCGACGGAUACGAGGGUGCAGCUCGGUCAGCUAGGUGACGAUCAGGUCGUCUUGCCAUGGUUGCCCGCUUGGGCGCAGAAGGGUGCUCCGUACCAACGCAUGAGCGUGUUUAUUUUACAACAAGCGCAACAAUCACGAUCACAAUCACAAGCACAAGCACAAUCACAACCACAAUCACAAUCACAAUCACCAUCCGUCAACACCGCCACGGACUCUACAUCGCCUGGCAUCCCCCUCGACGCCGCAGCUAUUCGAGACGAACCCAAAUACUCCACCCGCCUCGGCUUCAAACUCCGAAGUCUAGUCGACCGUUUCGCCCUGCAGCCUGUGGGCGUGGAUCUCUUCCGCACGAAAUGGGAUGGUAGUAUGGAGGGGGUGAUGCAGAGGGCUGGGAUCGUGGGAUGGGAUGUUGAGUUUAAGCGAAAGAGGAUUGAGCCGUUGCCUUAUGCUAGGAAGGAGGGGGGGCGGUACCGGUAG